GGCACGCACCAUCAGCUUUUUCCGCCAGCACCUUGUUUCGAUAAGCAACACCCAGUGGCUCUGGAAGAUAUCGAGGACACCAUCAAUUGGAUCCAGCCCAGACUCAGUUGAUUCGAACGGCAUGCGGUAUUGAGCAAUGGUAGGAACGGGACGUCAUGCAUCCGCCGCACCAGUGAUUAUUCUUGCCUCCAUCACGAAUCCUAUGAGUAAUAUCGCGACUCUGGACACCGAAUCCUUCGAGCACCUCGACCAGAACGCCGCGAUGGCAUCGUCAAAAUCAUUGUGUGGUAGAAAGGCGACGGGCCGGAUGGGAUGGAUGGCACGAGCAGCUGUUCUCUCGCUCCUUUCAACGGCGCCUGGUGCCACGGCUCAAGAUCGGUGCAUCCCCCUGACCGGCUCUACAACCUGCUCGGCUUUCCAAUCGGCCUCCGUCUCGACAAAUAGUUUCUUAGUCGGCCUAUUCCCGUUUCUUCAGUACGUCUCAGACACGGCUUCCUUUGACCGUCAGUUCAGCCAAUAUCUCCAGACGGACUAUGUCCGGAGGCAAUAUCAAACGCUGCUAGGAUGUGGCAGCAUCGACCUUGUCAACACCACUGAUUUAUAUGCUCGCUUCACUACCUCAGUAAUCUGUAAUGCUAUUAUCCAAAAUUCCGUUACCGCCUGCGGCUUAUCGGAACGGGCCUCACGGCCCUUGUGUGCCGACUCUUGCGCUCACUAUGCCGAGAGCGAAGCGUAUCUAGCGGCCGACACUAAUCUCUGUCCCAGUUCCAGCAAUAAUCGCCAGGAUCAGAUACGGGCCGAUUUCGUCAACUGUGCCUUGCCGGCAGACUCUCUGUCGAGCAGUAGCUGCAUACAGGGCAUCGCGAACGAGCCAGACAAUUGUGGGUACGGUAGCAGCACCAUCGGAUUGUGCUCGUAUUGCGCAUCGGGCGGUAUUAAUUCGACUGAUACUUGCUGUUACAACUCCAACGUGGAACAGAGGUGUGCCAACGUUGUCCUGCCCACGAUCACGUCGACUAUAACUUUCGGCGCGCCAACUUCGACUGCUACUUCGGAUAAUACAGCGACGCCUGUGGAAGGAGAGUCGGCAAGGGGCGGCCUCUCGGGGGGCGCUAUAGCUGGGAUCGUCGUUGGAUCCCUGGCUGGCGUGGCCCUCCUGGCCAUCCUUGCCUUUAUGUGUAUCAGACUUAGAGGGCGCAGAGGGGGCAGCCAGAAGGGGAGUGUCUUGAACCAGCCGUCUCCCACUAGGAAAGGACUGCAGACUGCCCAAAUUCCCGCGAAUACGGCUCCCCAAGGGUACGAGAUACUUCCCGGCGGCAGAAUUGCCCGCAUGUCAGCGUUGGAAGGCCAUUCAGGAGAGUCAUCAUCGAGGCGUGGCGGGUCUAAGCACACAGGCUCAAUGGGUGGUACAGCGGCAGCAGGUGCAGCAGGCGGAUUUAUGGCCGGAAGAAGAAGAGGGGGGGAUAACCACUCGUCUUCUGACUCGUUCGGAGAGAGUCCUGGAUCGGAGGCCCGUGUAGGCGUACUCCGGCCGCCGCCCAUGAACAUCCGUAGGAACGGUUCGUUGUCCAGCAACUCUGUGCUCGCAGGCGAAGAUCCUCAAUCACCAACUAGCGCCGGGGGAAUGUCUUCGCCUCCCGGGGUCAACAGCCAACAAUCAGAGCAAUUGCCCUUUUUCAAGGACUAUUACUCGCAAGACGACAUCCACCCUGGCGAGCAUGUUGCGGUCCUAUGGGCUUAUCAACCGCGCGCUUCUGACGAAUUUUCCCUGGAGCGUGGCGACAUGCUGAAAGUGGUUGGCAUCUGGGAUGACGGGUGGGCGACGGGCGUGCUCCUAGACGAGAGGGCAGAUGAGUGGGAAGCACGGAGACAAGCUCAAAGGGACAGUGGGGUCUCACAUACGUCGGGUCGUGGGCGAGAUACGUCGCCUCCGAUCAGCGGAGAGAUCAAGGCAUUCCCACUGGUCUGCGUCUGCCUACCUGAACAUUGGAGGAAAACAAUCGAUGGCGACGGAUCAACAGAAACCGGGUCCAGCGCGCGCCACCACGGCAGUCACCCCACCUGAACCUAAUGAUGAGGAUCUUCACGCUUACUUAUUUGAUGGAUUGACGAAGACAUUUGCGUUUGCAUUAUUCCGGCGUUCAGGACUUUUGACUUGCGAACUUAGUUACGGUCUGAGCCCAGCACGGUAUAUCCUCUCCGUCCGUCCUCAGGUCCGUUCUUAGGUGUACCGACGGUCCGCACCUAGCCAACUUAUACGCCCGCCGUCACCGAAU